AUGGCAGACCCUCCCGACAGCCAGGUCACUGAGCCCGCAGCAGCGAAGAAGGCGAGCAAGAAGAAACCAGUGUGUAGGUUCUACAACACAAAAGCAGGAUGCAGAGCAGGAGACAAAUGCAGGUUCCUCCAUCCGGCUCAGGAGACCACAGCCACGCAGGAGGCAUCGAAAGCCAUGGAGGAGCCUGAAGCGCCGACUCCCAGCUCAUCAUCCUCUGCUCAAGCACCACAGGCUACCCCUCAGCCAGCGCCUUCCAGAGUUGUGGCAAGGCCGACUCCGAAGGCCCAAGCUGAGGACCCAAGGAGCUUUCAGGUCUCGCAAAUCCAGCGUCGGUUCAAGGCUACUUCAUCAGAAAUCGAUAAAGCUUCCACCCUGACAUUUGGCUUAAGACCUACUGAUCCCGACUUCCCAUACGACAUAGAUCUUCUCGAGUGUGAACUGACUGUGCCCCAAUCUUACCCUGCGUCUGGACGACCGGCUCUCAGAGUACGCAACAAGGAUAUACCGCGAGGCUUUCAGAUCAACAUCGAGCGCGGCUUUGACUCUCUCGUUUCGGAAAGUCCCAAUGCUACCUUGCUUGCCCUCGUCAACCGUCUCGACCAGCGUCUCGAAGCGAUUCUUGGUGGCAAGGUGGCUGAGACUGUCACGCUGGUUUCCAACCGCACUGCCAAGCCUACUACAACAGAGUCGAAGCCUACUCCCGAAGCUGUGUCGGCGCCACCGAAGCCAAUACAUGCUGUUCCAGCUGCUCCCACCGUUCCACAGCUCGAAGAUGCGCGGCGCAAGCGUGCAUCAAGCGUCAGGCAGCUCGAGGCUCGAUUCAGCAAAGUACCAGCCUUUUCCAAGACCGCGGAUGGCUUGACAUACACUCUGCCUCUCGACUCGCCGAAGCGAUCCGCCUGGCCUUUUGCGCUACAAUUUGUGAAGACUAUGAGAAUCAUAGUGCCUGAAAGAUACCCGCUGGAACCUCUGUCUCUACUCCUGGACAACCAGAGCGCAGAAGCCAGGGCCGUCGAACGAGCCUUCCGCGAACGGUCGCAGCAGCAGACAGACGCAAGCGUAACGCCGCAGGUCAACUACCUCACCCUGCAUAUCAAGGACAUGGCCGCAGCUGCAUCAGUCAAACCGGUGUCAGAGCCCGUUCAGCCUGCUCGCGCGGUACUCGAGGAGACAAAGGCAGCAGCUGAGACACAAGCGUCCCAGCAAACCCUUGAAAGCUCUGAAAAGCCGCACGUUCACCGCAUUCCCAGGCCGCCGGAGUGGGACCUGCAAAACGAUUCAGACGAUGACGACUUCGACAGUGAAGAAAGCUCUGACUACGACAUUGGCACCGAGGAUGGUACAGCCGAUGAAGCCAAGCCAGGAGAAGAGCAAGCGCCCGCUGCUGCACCGGCGGAGCGAGGCAUCCUACUGUCUUUUCCGAAACUCGAUCUGCAUGGCAUCGAAUUACUUGAGCUCACAUCCUUGAAUCUCACCGUGAAGUGCGAGCGGUGCAAGGACACGACGGACGUUGAGAAGCUUCGAAGUGUUACUGAGAGCGAUAAGAUGCGCGAAGUGACUUGCAAGAAAUGCGCUACCGUGCUGGCGGUGAGGUUUCGAGCUGACCUCAUACAUGCCAAUUCGGUGCGAGCUGGCUACCUGGACCUUGAUGGGUGUACUGUGGUGGACAUGCUACCAAGCAACUUCAUCCCAACAUGUUCCGAGUGCUCUACCGCCUACCCUGCACCUGGCGUGGCCGCAGUACGAGGUGAUGCCGCCUUUGCCGUCUGCCGCGAGUGUCAUCGCAAGAUGACCUUCCGUAUCAUCGAGGUGAAGUUCUUGCUAGUCAGCGCAUCCGCAAUCCGCGCAUCGCGAGCACCAGGAAAGAAAAAGGCGAGAGAGAACCUGGGCAUCACCGUUGGCACAGAGCUACCUCGUCAAGGAAGAUGCUCGCACUACCGGAAGAGUUACAGAUGGUUCCGGUAUGCUUUACACCUAGCCCAAACCUUCUCCCCGGCGCGUGACGCCACGCACGGGCUGACCGAAAGUACGCCGAAACCUUGCGCCGCUGAGCUGACACGCUUCUCCAGAUUCUCGUGUUGCCAGAAAGUCUAUCCGUGCGAUCGGUGCCACGACGAGCAGUCAGAUCAUCCGAACGAACAUGCGAACAGGAUGCUUUGUGGCUUCUGUUCCCGGGAGCAGAACUACAGGCCUGAAGACUGCUCGACCUGCCAUGCAGCCCUCACUGGUAAGAAAGGUCGCGGAUUCUGGGAAGGAGGCAAGGGCACGAGGGAUCCGAUGCGGAUGAGCAGAAAGGACCCCAGGAAGUACAAACGCCCCCCUGGCACGAAGUCGAAGAAGUAG